AUGUCUGGUGGAUUUUCUCCAGUCUCUUCAGCUCCUCUUCUUUGGAAAUCCAGAAAAAAAUCUACUGCCAACACGAAGAAGAACACGAACGAGGCAUUAGACAAACCGAGCACUGAUCAAGAGAAACUAGAACUUGUAAACAACAACAUAUCUAUCAUCUCCGAAAAGCGUAAGGCUCUUUUCGAGCCGCUCGAGCCAGCAGUCAAUAGCGUGAAUGGAAAACGCCCUUCAGCUGAAUCCCUACUCCCGCCUCCGGAUUUCGAGCCCGCAAGCUAUCCUAAAGGUUGGCUGAUGGGGAAGAAGCGGAAGCUCGUCAAUGUGGAUGUUGUCGAGAGCAUGCGAAGGAUAGCCGUUCAAGAAAUGAACCGGAAGGAUAGAGAGAUCGAUGGGCUUAACGAGCAAUUAGAAGAGGACUCACGGUGCCUAGAGCACCUUCAGCUGCAGCUUUUAGAUGAAAGGAGCAAACGAGCUGAUGUCGAGAGACAGAACGCAAUGCUUCAGAACCAGAUAACGAUGCUUAUGGACAUGCUGCAACAGAAUGAACCAGUGGAUGAACAUAGGAAUUGA